AUGUCUAAAGAUAUUAGGUCAUAUUUUCAGCGAAAAAAGGUACCGCAAUCAGAAGUACAGAAAGAUGACGAUGUUAUACCAGAGUCACCCGAUGUACAAAUAAAGAAAAAGAAGAAAGAAUCCAAAAAGCGGCGUGUUAUUGAUGACUCAGAUGAAGAAAUAUUCUCCACUAAAAAGAAAAAAGAUGAUAACAAGUCCAGUAAAAGUAAACCAACCAAACCUUCACUUAAAGAAGUUACACCAAUAGACCUUUUUGGUAAUGGCCCCAUCAAAAGAACAGAACCAUUAGUUAAAAAAAAGAAAGAAACAGAAUUAGGGAUUCAUUCUGAUGAAGAAUUGGAAAAGAGCCUCUUAGAAAUAGAUAAUGUUGAAUUAGAAUUGCAAGUAAAAGCCUCUCAUGUACCUGGUGGAACACCGAAAGCUACCACCGAAAUUAAAAAAGAAGAUUUAGUUCCUGAAAAAUCUGGAAAAGAGUCAACUGAUAAGAAAGCGGAUAAUCUAUCUACAUCUAAAAGUUCAUCAACUAGUGAAGUUAAAAAAGAAAAAAAUGAUUCAUGUGAUGAUCAGAAAACAUCAAAAAUUGAUAAAAAAUCUAAAAUAGAUAACAGUAAAAGAAAGUUUUCAGAAUUCAUAGACAAUGAUGUUACUCCCGUUGAAGGCAGUGCAAAGAAGACGAAAAUAAAUGAAGAGAGUAAAGAUAAAUCAACAAGAAGCAAUAACCUUGACCAGAAUGAGAGUAAGAAUAAAAAAGAAAAGAAACAAGAUCACAAUUUGUCUUCUUCAGCUGCUACAGAUGUAACAAACAACAAACAUAAUAGUUCCAAACAUAAAUUGGAUAAGAGUCUCAAUGAUUCUGUUCUUACAGAUGAAGAGAGACACGAAAGGAAAAUAGCUUCAGCAGCUCUGUAUAAAAGCUACUUGAAUAGAUCCGGACCUAAGCACUUGGGGGCUAAAGAGAUUCCAGAGGGUACUCCAAAUUGUUUAAGAGAUUGCGCCUUUCUAUUAACUGGAGUAUUGGACUCAUUUGAAAAAGACGAAAUAGCGGCGGCCAUCAAUAAAUAUGGUGGUUGUGUCAAGAGCGCAGUCACUAAAAAAGUUACACAUGUACUAGCCGGAGACGAUGCUGGUCCUGCGAAAAUGGCUAAAGCAAAAGAACUAGGUAUUCAAAUAAUCACUGAAGAUGAUUUUCUUAAAAUGAUUAUAAAUCGAUCAAAGAAAGGCACUGAUAAAGAAGAAAUUAAGAUAGAGAAAAAACAUAGCAGCAAAGGCAAAGAUAAAUCAAGUCCAAAAGAGAAAAAUAAAAGAAGUCAUGUUGAAAGUAAAUCUAAAAAAAGUCCCACUGACAAACAUAAAUUGGAAUCAAAACCAAAGACAGUGAAGGAUUCAACUUAUAACAUUAAGUUUGAAGUUAAUGAUAGUAAGGGUCGAGAUAAAUCUAAGAGUCCAAAGAAGCCAAACGUGGAAUCGAAAUCAGAGUCGAAGUUGGAGAUGAAGUCAAAUGUUCAGGAAAAUCCUAAAGCAAGUAUGAGUAAUGGCAAUAAAAUGGAGAUCCCAGCGAACGCGUCCAUGUGGGUAGACAAAUAUAAACCCCAGAAUGUCAAACAAAUCAUUGGACAACAUGGAGAUGCUAGCAAUGUUAAAAAGUUAUCAAAUUGGCUGACAAAAUGGUACGUGAACAGGAAGGCCAAGUUGCCUAAACCAAGUCCGUGGGCCAAGAACGAUGACGGGGGCUAUUAUAAGGCUGCUCUAUUGUCGGGACCUCCUGGCGUUGGCAAAACGACAACAGUAUCACUAGUAUGUAAAGAGUUAGGCUUCGACAUGGUGGAGUUCAAUGCUUCAGACACUCGGAACAAAACGUUAAUUAAGGAACAAAUUGGAGAACUGCUCACUACAAACUCAUUAUCUGGAUUUGCUAAAGGUGAAACAGGGAAACAGGCAGUAAGUAAGAAACACGUGCUGGUCAUGGAUGAAGUCGACGGAAUGGCGGGCAAUGAAGACAGAGGUGGUCUCCAAGAACUAAUAUCGCUGAUAAAAUCAGCUUCAGUGCCCAUAAUAUGUAUGUGCAAUGACCGGAACAGUCAAAAAAUGAGGUCACUCGUCAACUACUGCUACGAUCUCAGGUUUAGCAGACCACGAGUUGAUCAGAUAAAGUCAGCCAUGAUGUCGAUAUGCUUCAAAGAGGGCAUCAAACUCCCUUCGGAUGUGCUGUCGCAGCUCAUCGUGUCGGCCAACCAGGACGUGCGCCAGACGCUCAACCUGCUGUCGAUGUGGGCCGUGGACCCCACGCGGACAGACGCCGAUAGACUUCGGAAAGAUGCUCAGACCACUAAGAAAGAUGUCAAACUGGGCCCAUGGGAGGCAAUCCGAAAAGUAUUCUCAGCGGAAGACCAUAAGACUAUGAGUAUUAUGGACAAAAGCGACUUGUUCUUCUACGACUACAGCCUGGCCCCGCUCUUUGUGCAAGAAAACUACCUGCAAGUGGUACCACAUUGCGAUAAACGUGAAACACUGCAAAGAAUAAGCAAGGCGGCUGACAGUAUCAGUAUGGGUGAUUUAGUCGAUGCGAGGAUACGAGGUGGUCAAGCAUGGAGUCUCCUACCUUUACAGGCUAUGUAUGCAUCAGUGAUCCCUGGUCACGAGCUGUCGGGCCACAUGAGCGGUCAGAUCCAGUUCCCGGGCUGGCUCGGCAAGAACUCUCGCGCCACCAAAAUGCGCCGCCUCUGUCAGGAGAUUCACGCUCAUACUAGACUCAGCACUUCAGGAUCGAAAUCGUCAAUCUUUUUGGAUUACGCUUCACACAUACGCGAUGCGAUCGUCAAGCCCCUCAUCAAUGAUAAAGCUGACGGGAUCUCACAGUCGUUGGAAGUACUAGAGGCCUAUCACUUGCUCAGAGAAGACCUGGAAUCGUUGGUCGAAUUGUCCGUGUGGCCUGGACAGAGGAACCCCACUGUGUUGAUCGAUUCCAAGGUGAAGGCUGCGAUGACUCGCACUUACAACAAGAAGGCGAGCGCGCUCCCGUACGCGCCGGGGCCGGUGAAGCGCGCGCGACUCACGCACGGCGCUGAGGACGACGGGGAGGGGGGAGACGACGACCUGGACGAUGAUGAGCUUCCCGACAGUGACCCUGAAAAUGAUGCUCUCAUUAAGAAGAAGAAAACCAAGGAUGCUGACAAACCAGGUCCGAGUAAGGAGAAGAACGUCGCAAAGCCGUCGACGAGCAAAAAGAAAAAGGAGACAUAG